AAACGUGCGUGCUGGGGAGCUAUCCACGAUUCAGUAUCACAUAUUUAUACUGAAGCUCCUUUCAUGUCUUUCUACCUGCGUAUUCGUAUCGAGAAGAGAGAGACAGACUGUCUUUAUCGCUCCAGCAGCAGCAGAUAUAUAUAUAUAUAUAAAUAUAUAAAUGGCGUCGGAUCGGAAAACUUUCGUCUUUUCUGAGGUCUCUAAGCACGACACAGUUGAUGACUGUUGGCUAAUCAUAGCCGGAAAGGUUUAUGAUGUAACCACGUUUAUGGAUGAUCACCCUGGUGGACAAGAACCUAUGCUAGCAGUAGUUUGCAAAGAUGCGACAAAAGAUUUUGAGGUUCUUGGGCACAGUGAUGAAGCUAAAGAGAUGAUGAAAAAAUAUUGUAUAGGUGAUGUUGACCAGUCAACUGUUCCUUUGGAUCAUACAACCAAUCCAGCUAUUGAUUAUAGCUACAAGGCAGAAGGGAGGGGUCUCGGAUCAUCUGGCAAAUUAUUACAAUUUUUAGUGCCGUUUGUGAUAGUUGGGUUGGCUUUCAUAACUAAAAUCUACACCAAACAAACUUCUGCUUGAUGGGUCAAGAAUCAUAUGUUUAUUCAAUUACAGUUGGGCGUUUGCCCAACAAUUUAUAUAAGUGAUAUGUAUUUUUAAACAUUUUAUAAUUUACUUCUAGAAUGAUGUA